CUAACCUAACCUCCCUUCUUCCGCAUAGUUUAUCAUAUUUGCCUGACAGAGGCGAGUAAAGGGUGUGUGGACAAAAGUGAUGGCAAGGAUCUUUUCCUUUCCCUGGGCGCUUCGUGCUCUUUUGCUCGCUCUCUGUGCUCGGGUCAGUUUAGCAUGUACGCUCUACACCCCAAGUACGUCGCAGGGGAUUACAGAUGAAGUCCAGUUCCAAACCUCCUGGACGGCGUGCACCCCUCCCGUUACGAUCCAAUUUUGGGAUAAAGAUACCAACACAUUGUUGACGAGUUAUAGUGGUUCAGCGUCAACGGUCUACUUCACCAUCCAUAAUGGUGCAGGUGUAACGGUGUACUUUGUCUUGAUAGACUCUGCAGGGUUGAAAGCGACAAGUAUCUCAUACGUAGUCAAGCCUAAUCUAAGUCUGAGUUCAACUUCAUCGCCAACUUUUCCCCCGAGUACCCGGGUGAUCUCGACUUCGGACAUUGCUUUGCUUUCGCUACAAUCUGUCUCCAUUCUUUCAGUGAACAGCGUCGCUUCAGUUUCUUCUGAGUCUGUGAACAGCCAGACGACGACGCCCGAGACGACGUCACCCGAUAGCACGACAACCCCAACCACAAGCUCAUCACCUACAUACACAAACCCAUUUCCUUCGAACACAGGUUCCUCACCCACUUCUUCUUCUUCCGCUCCUGGUAGGAGUACAUCUCAAUCAGUGCCCACACGAUCCAUUCCUCCAGGGUCCAGCACUUCUACAAGCUCCUCUUCCAGUUCAACUACGACAUCUUCGGGCGGCGGCUCUUCCCACGUAGGACUUAUAGCGGGUGCUUCCGCCGGAGGUGCCGUUGCACUUGUUAUUGUGGGAUCCCUCAUCGCUUUCCUUAUUAGGAAGAAGAACCAAGAUAAUCUUGAAGACUACAUGGAUCAACAAGGUGAUCCCGCCCCUAUCCUUCGAGUCCCUCCCGGUACGGGUGGGAACGUUGGCGGUGGUAAUGGCGGAUCGGUCGGGACUCCAGGAUUGUAUGCUGCUCCUUUGGAUCCGUAUGCUCCCGUUACGACCGGGGCGUAUAACCCACAGGCAUAUCGUCCAACGAGCGGCGGUAGUGCGGAGGGUUGGAAUGCAGCUGGUAUUGGAGCUGCUGGGGUUGCAGGAGGCUAUGGGUCUGGAUUCCCUCAACAUCAACCAGCGGAUGCAGGAGCGGCGAUUGGAGUAGCGUUCCUCAAUGAUAACACUUCACCCACUGGGACGACGUUCCCCCGUCAUAGUCAACCCCCGACGAUAGCGUCAAGUCCUCCGCCUAGCAUCCCACUCAAUCCUGAGGAGAGAUUGAACGCCGCGGUGGGCAGUGGCCAGCCUCGUCAUGGCGCUGGUGGUGCUGGUGUUGGAGUGUCAGAUCAACCGGCUGGAUAUGAAGGGCAGGGUCAGGUGAGACCCGGUCCGGUCGAUCACACUGCGCAGGGGAGCUACAGUGGGUUACCUGAGGUAUAAGGGUUGAUAGGUUGAUAGGUUGGAAGGGGGGGGGAAAUGAUACUUAUGUAUUCAUGUUGUUUCUCCUGGGACUUCUUUUAUUAUUUCGGUUGGAAGGAGGGGUUGGGUGGUGGUUAUUUUGGCCCCACUGAUGCUUGUCCGACCCCAUUUUUCUCAUUUCUCCACCAGUUAGUUGUUCUUCAAUAUACUGUCAUUCUUUACUGUUUCUUUUUUUGCCUCUUUUUGGCUAGUUUUUUUUUGGCUCACAUAAUCGCCUGUCCUUUCCUGGUGUGUGUGUUUGGUACCAGCGUUACACGGUCUACUUAACCGUGCCAGUACUGUCUGCGAUUGCCGUCGGCUCUUGAAUCAUGUGCUCACAUCAUUACCUUAAUGUUCGGUUUGCACAUUACUCACAUAAUUGGACAAUGACA